AUGGGUAUCUGGACGGGCUGCGCUGUCCGCUCCCUCCCGCCACAGACACUUCUCUUACUAUCCCCUGCUGUUCGCGCGUCGUUCGUUUCGGCUCUCCACGGAAUUCAAACGUCACUCACGGUUGCGCGAAAGACUUCACGCUCCAUGUGUCGCCAGUCCCCUGCCUCGCGCACAUUAAUAUUCCUGUAAGUCUCAGUCAUGAAUAACAAUUACACCGUAUACCGGGGUAGAGGCGGGAGCUCGGUGCUCACACUCAGAGCGGCGGCAGCUCCGGGCGGAGGAAGGUUCUGUAUGGAGCUGUAGACCAGGCCGAGCCUGCAGAUACUGAAGCGCUGCUUUUACCUGCAAUGUGUUUGGCUGUUUCGGCCCAACACGGUCUGUAGCAUCCUGCUGUUUUACCGUAAGCUCACUCCUGGUACCGGGGAGGCUUUACAGAUGUUAGUGCAUUCCUACUCCACUGCGGACCGGCAUGACGGCGUCUCGAGCCACAGCUCGCGCCUGUCCCAGCUGGGUUCGGUGUCGCACGCGGGACCCUACUCCAGCGCACCGCCGCUGUCUCAUGCGCCUUCCUCGGACUUCCAGCCGCCAUACUUCCCUCCGCCGUACCAGCCGCUGGCUCACUACCAGAGUCAGGACCCCUACUCCCACGUCAGCGACCCCUACUCUCUGAACUCCCUGCACCAGAGCCAGCAGGGCGCAUGGGGUGCGCGCCAGCGGCAGGACGCCGCCGGGGACCGGAUGGAGAGCUCGGCUUUGCUGGCUCAGCCCCGGGCCUCGCUGCCUCAGCUGUCCGGGCUGGACCCGCGGCGGGACUACGGUGGUGUGCGGCGGCCUGAUGUGCUGCUGCACUCCGCUCACCCGGGACUGGAACCCGGUAUGGGAGACGGACUGCUGCACGGGCUGCACGGUAUGGAGGAUGUUCAGACCAUUGAAGACACCAACGGAACGAAUAUACUGGAUCAAUCCGUAAUUAAGAAAGUUCCUAUGCCUCCCAAGAACAUGGGCUCUCUGAUGCUCGGGAAGGACGGCCUGAUCGGAGGAGUGACCGUGAACAUCAACGAGGUGUUCUGCUCGGUACCGGGCCGCCUGUCGCUGCUCAGCUCCACCUCCAAGUACAAAGUGACCGUAGGGGAGGUGCAGAGGAGACUGUCCCCGCCUGAGUGCCUCAACGCCUCCUUGCUGGGAGGCGUGUUGAGAAGAGCGAAGUCUAAAAACGGUGGGAAAUGUCUGAGAGAAAAGCUGGAGAAGAUCGGACUGAAUCUACCCGCUGGGAGACGCAAAGCUGCCAAUGUCACAUUACUAACAUCUCUAGUAGAAGGUGAGGCGGUCCACCUGGCCCGGGACUUCGGCUACAUCUGCGAGACGGAGUUUCCCACCAAAGCCGUGAGCGAGUACCUCAAUCGGCAGCACGCCGACCCCAACGAGCUGCACACGAGGAAAAACAUGCUGCUGGCGACAAAACAGCUGUGUAAGGAGUUCACAGACCUGCUGGCCCAGGACAGGACUCCCCUGGGCAACUCAAGGCCCAGCCCCAUCCUGGAGCCUGGCAUCCAGAGCUGCCUCUCCCACUUCUCCUUCAUCACACACGGCUUUGGCUCGCCCGCCAUCUGCGCCGCACUCACCGCCCUGCAGAACUACCUCACCGAGGCUCUCAAAGGACUCGACAAGAUGUUUCUCAACAACCCACCCAACAACCGGCAUGGGGACGCUGGCAACAAAGCCGGCGACAAAGAGGAGAAGCAGCGGAAAUGAAGCAGGCAAAGGAGGGGAGCGAUGAUGGAGAACCAAGAGCGAGGCAGACACACAGACAGCGGCGUUACACCGUUACUUCUAGCUUUACACCACUGCUACUGACCUGCCACACACAGGGCUGAGGUGGAGGAGGAGGAAGGGGAAGGCUCGGUGGAGAGAAAAAGGCAGAGGAAGACACCCGUGGGCCAGUGUCAGAGAGACAGGGAUUUUUCAUCUGUGUUACGUUCUUUUCAUUCCCCUGAGGACAUGGUGGUUACUGUGUUACAUCCAUUUCGCUCCCCCUGCCUGCAUCCUGUGAGACUGAGAUGCUGUGAGCAGCCAACAAACAACAUUGUGUCUGUGUGCCUGAAUGAGUGUGUGUGUGUGUGCUUGUGUUUGUCUUCACACAGAAAAAGCAUUGUGGAUUCGGAGAUUGGGUGACGAGCAUUCUAUCUGUGAAGGAGGUUUGUGUGGUUAUUUAACACAAGUAAGAGGAGGGAGGCUGUUAAUUUAUGUGUGUAAAUAUUUAUUUAUAUUAAUUUAAAUGGAUGGUUGUGUAAAUAGGUGCGCCAGCUAUUUUGGAGUAGGCCUAUUUAUCUGUGAUUUGACCUUUGUGAGCCGGUGGGGGGACAGGACUCAUCCAGUGUUUUUCUGUUCUUAUAGAGCUGUUGUCAUGGUGCUGAUGAUGGGUAGACAUGCUUCUAAUUGUCCAGUGAUUUCAUUUCUAUCAUAUUGAUAAUAAACCAUGUGUUUUAUUAUGUGA